UUUUCGUUUUGUUGUGACGUGUAGACAGUGAGAAGAGAGAGGUCCAAGAACAAAAUUUAAAUUAUUGACUGUCAACAAAGUGCCAACAUGAUUGGAUCUAACGCUGAAAUUGAGAAAAAGUCUGAAGAAAUUUCAGCUCAGGACGUUGAUGUCAUUUCCACUCCGAAGAUAAUUACCAUCGAAGUUUUACGACUCAUACGCGAUGCUCAACAACAGCACGGCCUCCGUCACGGAGACUAUCAGCGAUACCGCGGCUACUGCACUCGUCGCAUUGGCAGAUUGCGUAAAGCAUUGAAACUACCCCAGGGCGAUAAGAGACACUACAAGAAGCGUGACGUUGGUGUUGAAUUGAUCGAAGUGAAGAAUGCGGACGAACGUUUCCUGCACAUUCCGUUGAUGCUAUCGGAACGGGCUUGGUCGUAUGCCAUGCAACUGAGACAGGAAUCGAAUACUGAGCCGAGGAAAAAGUUUCAUUUAGUGAACAAAUUGCGGAAGGCUCUCGUGUACGCGCAACAAUUGAAGGAACUGUGUGGAAGCAAGAUCUGCGAUGCCAGAACGAAGCUAGAAGCUGAAGCGUACGUUGCAUGGAUCCAGGGAACGUUGAAUUUUGAAUUGUCAUUGUGGAAAGCGGCAGCUGAGAACUUAAAGCAUGCUCAAGUUGUGUACGAAAAUUUGUUGAACGCUUUGCCGGAGGAGGAGCAGACUCUAUACAAGGCCAAAGUUGACGAACUAACACCAUCUCUUCGCUACUGCGCCUAUAACAUCGGCGAUGGAGCAUCCAUGAACGAUUUAAUCGAAAUGAGAGCACAGGGAGUGCUUAGCAAUCUUGAUUCGCUCAUUUCGCAAACGAAAAGCCAGAGCAGCGAGACGUUGCAAACAACUGAGUGGCGAGGCCGUAAGGUCACAGUACGGCCGGAAAAAGUUCGUCUAUUCUUACUCAGCAUUCAAGAUUUGGACAAAAGCAUUGAAAAGGCAAAGACAAUCAAUUCCAAAAUUGAAAUCAUUGAGAAUGUUCUGUUCGACUGCAAGGAUGCAAUAUCGGCUGUUCGGGACGAGAUUAAACAAGAUCCGAAAUUGCGUCAAUCGGAUAACGGUGGACCGGUGUCGGGCAUUCAGUAUUUGUUGGCUUACUUAUCGUACAUUCGAUUGAUUCGCACUUUGGAACGAAACAUUUACUUGGUUGCGCAGGCCAAACAAAGUUUGGAUGAAGAGAAAUCGUCCGGUGAGGGCAAGAAGGUUCGACCACAGGAUUUGACUCGGCUGUACGAAAUCAUUUCGUCGAAUGUAACCGAACUUCAACAGAUCAGCGGACUGGAGGACGACAAAGUCUAUCAAAAGGAAAUCGAAGUUUUGUCACUGUCGUUCAAGGCAUUCCGUUGCUAUUAUAUUGCCGUUACAUUGGUUGGAUUGAAACGUUGGAAGGAAGCGGUCGCUUUAUACGUUCGAUCAACAAAUUAUGCUACCGAAGCGUUGAAACAAAAACCGAAACAAUUCAAUUUGACCGACGAUUUGAAGCAGCUGAUUACGCUGAUUGAGGGCUGUAAAUUCUCAGCUCACGCAUACAGCGUAUUGGAAGAUGAUACCAGCGAAGAAUUCAUAGCUUCCGGUAAAUCCCAAAAGUCGUCGAAACCAUUGUUCGAACGUUUGUCCGAGUACAAGGAAGAUCAGCAACUAAAUACGAAAAAUCCAAAUGUCUUCCAACUUACUCCGGAAAUGGAGCCCAUUCCCUGCAAACCGUUAUUCUUUGAUUUAGCCCUUAAUUUUGUCGAAUUUCCGUCGUUGGAUGACAAACUGGAUUCGCCCGGAGCAAAGAAAGGCGCUGGCAUAUCUGGAUUUGUUAAAGGAUUCCUUGGAUGGGGUGGAGCCAGUAAAUAGGUUUUUACUGCCUUCUCAAUGUAAACAGGAAACUAUCGAACUGGUGAGAGGUUUCAAGUUUUUCAUAUUUUCAAAUUAUUCGCACCCAAUAAAUGGAUGAUAUUCACAGAAG